AACUAAACACAAAGCAUAAGGCCACGUCCGUCAUUUCAAUCUGGAUAUCCACCAUAAUUUGAGAUAUUCAAAAGGUGAGGAUGAGGAGAACACCGCAGUUGGAGUAUGGGCAAAGACCAGAAAUGGAGCUGGAGCUGCGCUCUAGCCGGAGCCGCAUCGGCGGCGGCUGUGGUGUCUCUAAUCAGCGCGAAGCCGAAGGACCCGACAUUCCACCUCAUCUCCAUCAGCCUCACCUCCUUGAAGCUCAACCUCCCAGUUCUCGACAUCGGGCUGGUCCUCACCGUGCACGUCACCAACCCUAACAUCACCGCCGUCAAUUACUCAUCAACCACGAUGUCCAUCUUCUACGACGGUUCGCUUCUGGGCUCGGCGGACGUGAAGGCCGGUUCGCAGCCGCCCAGGUCAUGCGAGGUGCUCCGCCUUCCCGCUCGGCUUGACAGCCUGGAGCUGAGAUGGGAAUGA